AUGUGAAAUCCGACCCAUGCGCGUUUAACGUAGAUACGCUGUAAUGCCCUGGGCUUAGCCUUCAAAUAACCCUUAUAUAACAGCAGUCACAUCGCACCGGCGACUGGAGGAAACGGCAUUGUGUGGAAACUGUGCGCUCCCGUCUUUCGUAAACCGCGCGUCCGUGUCGCUCUCGCUAUGAGUUCGCGAACUAAUGUUUCUUGUUUACACGAGGCCAAACGAGUGGCUAUUUUUGGAGGCACACAUGGAAAUGAGAUGUCUGGCAUAACGCUGGUAAAUAUGUGGAUACAGAAUUCAGCCGAAAUCGAGAGAAACGGACUGCUGAUCAAGCCGUUCAUAAGCAACCCUAGAGCCGUGGAGAAAUGCUCCAGGUACAUCGACACGGAUCUGAACAGAGCCUUCACACCAGAGAACCUCAGUGCUCCAGAUGUUGAAGGGCUGCUGUAUGAAGUCCAGAGGGCCAAGGAAAUAAAUCGGAUGUUCGGACCCAAAGGAAGCUCAGAUGCAUAUGAUGUCAUCUUUGACCUUCACAACACCACCUCAAACAUGGGCUGCACUCUCAUCCUGGAAAGCUCAACAGACCUCUUCAACCUUCAGAUGGUGCAUUAUAUUAAAAAAGCUAUGGCUCCCCAUACCUGUUCAGUACUCUUAAACGAACACCCACAGCUGAAGUAUUCAACCACCCGCUCAGUGGCCAAACACUCUGUUGGUCUUGAGGUGGGCCCUCAGCCACAGGGUGUUUUGAGGAGCAAUGUAUUCGAGUCCAUGAGGACCAUACUGAAGCACGCGCUGGACUUCAUCGAGCUCUUCAAUAGCGGUGUAGAGUUUCCUCCAUGUACCGUAGAUGUAUUCCGAGUCCAGGAGAGAAUGGAUUACCCCAGAGACACCAACGGCAACAUCACGGCUAUGGUGCAUCCUCAUCUACAGGACUGUGACUGGGAGCCUUUGAACCGGGGUGACCCUGUGUUCCUAACAUUCGAUGGGAGAACAAUCCUUUAUGAAGGUGCCAACACAGUGUACCCCACGUUUAUUAAUGAGGCUGCAUAUUACGAAAAACAGCAGGCUUUCACCACCACUUGUAGAGAAAUACUAGCUGCUAAUGCUAUCAGAAAAGCAUUCAAUUAACGUGUUCUCUUAGAAGUCACUAUGAGUGUCAGAUAGUUGACAUGAUAUGUACCGUACUUUAACUAAAUGUCAACUUCAACAUUUUUCUAAUUCUGGAAUAAAUAUAAUGGAGGUUUAAAAUGGUAACACCACAGGACUAUUAAAUUGAGAAGUAAAAAAAGGCAACAUUUACUUAAAUUGUCUUAAAAGAGACAAGUCGCAAUAUCAAAAAUAUACAUGAUAUAUAACAUAUAUAUCUAUAUAUACCAUAUAUAAUACUUAACAUUCAAACAAUUGUGGUCAGUAAGAUAUGCUUUCCCAAAAAUAUGAUGAAAUUUUUCUUGAGCAGCUAAUCAGCACAUUAUAAAGAUUUCUGAAGGACCAUGUGACUCUGAAGACUGGAGUAAGAUUCACAUUUGACAUUACAGGAAUAAAUGACUAUGUAUAAAUCAUUAAAAAAAGUUUUUCUUUUAAUUAUUUUAAAUAUUACAAAAUAAAAAUAUUUUAAAUCCACAAUAUUUAUUUCAUUUUUAAUUUUCUAACACUGAGUUGAUCCAAAUAAAUUGUGUUUUGUACUGAAAAUGUAAUGAAGAAUUUAUACUCUUCGAUUUUUCAAAUAUUAUAUCCAGUAGGUCUACCUCUAGUGUAUGUCUGUAGCGUUCAGAUCCUGAUGUAGUGUGUGGAAAAAUGCACAAGCUCAGGAACAGUCUUCACUGCCCUCUAGCCUCUGAUUUAACACACUGUUGACUCAAACACUGACCGGAAACAGCCUUAAAACAACCGCAAAAUAACCUCUCAGCACUGUGCUUGUACGUCAUGCAUCAUGGGAAAUUAAUCAUCUGUCAAAGGUCUGUGUGUUUUGCUGUUUGUGAUGCAAAAGUGUUGUAGUCUAAGUCUUGGAGUUUCUGACUUCUUCCUCAUUUCAGUGGUGCAACCCAAGUAUUGCCUUAAACAGAAAAUCAUUUUUGUCUGAUAGAAAAAGUUAAGAGCUCUUACAGUAGAAAAAUAAAGUAAUAUUCGAUAGGAUUUGAUGUACUAUAUGGUGGACUUUAUAGAUUGAUGGAUAAGCUCAGCAGGCACUGAAAGUGUUAUACAGUAUAUUUUAGAGAAAUAUGUGUGCUUUUUCCACUUUGUGAUGUAUAUGGCUUAUGUAAAAGGCCCAUUUUUCUGAGUUGUUCUUAUUUUUUUAAAUAGUGUUAUGUUUUAAAAUAUCAUAUCUAUCUAUGCAAGGAACAGAUGUUCUUAAUUUAUUCCAAAUUGACGAAUAAUAUUGAUUGCUUUUAAUACAUUUACCAGGUAUUCCAUACAGUUUAUUACAUACCGUGUUGUAUGAUGUCAUUAAAGUCCGGGUGGUAUUUAGUAUUUCUUGAUUAAGUUCAGUGUUGUCAAAAUGUGGAAUAUGAUGUAUUUUAACAUAAUAGGUAUUGUCACAAUGUAUUUGUAUUACAUGAAGUUUUGUCAGUCUUAAUCAGAUGAAUUAAUGUGGAGUAAAUCAUUUCAUAAUGUAAAUGUAUUAUGUAAAGCAUUUACAUAAAGCCGCAAGAGAUUUCUAUUUUGUCUCACACAGAUCUUUUCGAUCAAAACGAAUAAUAAAAGUUUAUCUUUAUUAAA